GCAACAAAGGGACAUUCUGAAAUGCACAACGGUCUUUCAGCCCCAUUUCUACCGAAACCAUCAACGCAUCCAGCUUAUGAAGAAGCAGUCAAAUGGGCUGUAAGAUAAAAAAGUUUUCGAACUUUCUACGAGACCAUUACACUUGUUUUGUCACUCCCACCUAUAGCACUCAACGGAUAUUCUACAAGCAAUUCGUUAUGAUGAAGUUUGCAUUCUUUGCCGCAGCUCUUUCGCUCUCCGGAACAUUCUCUGUUGCACAGGACCUUGACUGUUCCUUCCAGCAGAAUAUUGAGAUUCUACAAGAUGACCUACUAACCUUGCGACAAAUCAGCAACCCGGUAGACCGAAGUGUGAGCAUUGAGCUUGAGUAUCGUGGACAGGGCUGGCUUGGCUUCGGCUUUUCAUCGGGGGGAGAAAUGAUCGGAAAUAUUGCUGUCAUCGGAGAACCUGGAGUAGAAUCGACUGCCGACUCCCCGAACCCGGCCAAGUAUUUUCUGGGCAGUUUUGGUUUGAGCGGAGUUGGGAGGGUCAGUGGUGCACGUCAGACUCUGGCAGACGCUAGUAUUUCCCAAAAUGCCACCCACACUACUCUGCGUUUCACCAAAUUGCUCGAAGAAGCAGACGAAUUGGCUAUAUCAGACUCGGAGUCAAACUUUGCUAUUUUCGCCGUGGGACGUACCAACACGCUUCAGGGAGUACACAUCCGGAACGGUGCUUUUCCAUUGUUGCUUAGCCAGUGCCGAGACACCAACAGUACCGACGAUGUGCCUCUAGGGGACGUCGUGGUGGACUUAUUUAAUGAUGAGUUACCAAAGAAGAACUUGUGGCAAGCGCAUGGAUUCAUGAUGGCCGUUGCAUGGGGAAUCAUUGUCCCGAUCGCAAUUGGUUCAAGUAUUCUUCGAAGCCUCCUCCCAGACACUAUGUGGUUUAAUCUCCACUUUGGGCUAAAUUCUUUGGCCGUUCUCACAGUGAUCGCUUCCUUCGGUCUCGCUGUUUAUGGAAUCAGCGACCAGAACAAGAAACACUUUACCGAGGAUACGCAUCAGCUUGUGGGACUGAUCGUUUUCCUUUUGGCUGUCUUGCAACUGUUGAGCGGUCUGUGCCGUCCUCAUCUUCGAAAACCGACGACUAACGGUGAGGAACAUCCAAUUCGAUUGAGAAAGAUGAAACCGCGACGAUUGUGGGAGUACAAGCAUCGCAUUGUGGGUGUCUCUACUUUGGCUCUAGCGUGGUGGAAUUGUUACUCCGGGAUUGGCCUGUACGCGGAAAGAAUCGAAGCAGAAAACGAAAUCGUGCACACCAUCACCCUUUUUGCUAUCGCUGGUGGUAUUGUCGGCACAGUUUUUGUUGUCUACUGCAUUCUACGUUGUACUUGAUGCUUACUUGCAUGUUGAAAAUGGUCACCGUUUGCUACAAGCGUGU